CAGUGACGUCAGGAGCGCCCGCCCUGACUGUUGACCAUAUCGUGAUUUGUCUGGGAAACUAAGUAAGAGUUUGUUUACGUUGGAGAGGAAGCAGUUGGUGGAAGAUUACAACGUUUACAGCUUGUUUUAAACAGUUUAAUUGUACGGCUUUGAGCAAUGGCAUCCGGCUUUAGAAAAGCUCCUUUAGGAUCUGCGCAGCGCAAAAAAACUGCUCCAAAACCAGAUCUUACUGAAGAGCAAAAGCAAGAAAUCAGAGAAGCUUUUGAUUUGUUUGACACAGAUGGCACAGGAACUAUUGAUGUAAAAGAAAUCAAGGUUGCCAUGCGUGCUUUGGGGUUUGAACCUAAAAAAGAAGAAAUAAGAAAGAUGAUUUCGGACAUAGAUAAAGAAGGAUCUGGUAGCAUCGAUUUUAAUGACUUUCUAGCAAUGAUGACUCAGAAAAUGAGUGAAAAAGACUCCAAAGAAGAAAUUUUGAAAGCCUUUCGGUUGUUUGAUGAUGAUGGCACAGGAAAGAUAUCAUUCAAAAACCUGAAGAGGGUUGCUAAAGAAUUAGGUGAAAAUCUGACUGAUGAAGAAUUGCAGGAAAUGAUAGAUGAAGCUGACCGUGAUGGUGAUGGUGAGAUAAAUGAACAGGAAUUUUUGCGGAUUAUGAAAAAGACAAGCCUCUAUUAAUUUCUAUGAUAUUGUCUACUGUCCUUAAGUAGUACUAGUUGUGAAUUAUGUUUAUUUAAUAAAGAAGAAAAGCCAUUGAAGUUUGAUAUAUUUGAUAUAUUUGUGUUUGGUAUGAUUUAUUUAAUAUAAAUCCUAAAAAUAUCAAUUCUAAACAAUUGAUGCAUAUUAGCCUUGCAUGCACUCAAUUGAAACACGAUUGUUUUUGUGUAUGAGCACUUUAUCCCUAGGAGGUAUGUAAUUUUGUUACUUUCAUAUUCUGACCAUACAAAUUAUGAAUUUUUAUUUGUGCAUAUUUGAAAUCACUUGUUUUUCAGUAGUAUGUUUACAGCUGUUUCUACUUAAGUAGCUAUUAUUACUCUGAGAGUUGAGUCCAAUAUUUCUUUACUAAAUCACUUACAUGUCCCAUACUCAGUAUUUUCUCUAAAAUACUUGGCAAUUUUGGAAGAGUUUUUUAAACUAUUUUUAGUUUUAACAUUUGAAUAUUGAAGAGUAAUAAACUUCUGUGAGAGGUGUUUUUGGGGUAAACAGACAGCAAUGUCAAAUUACUUGCAAUUACUAAUAAAAUGAUAUGUUC